UUAGAAAACAUUAAAACUCAUUAAAGAAACUUUUUUUUUUAAAUUGGAUUUGUACAUAAAUAGCAAGAUUGUAAAAUGGCAAAUAGGGAAUUAAUUGAAGAAUUCAAUGAUUUAACAACAAAGUUUUUAUUUCUAAACUGUAACAGUCUAAAUCAAAGCCAUUUAAAUGAAAUUUCUGUAUUGCUUAAUGAUUUAAAUAGUUUAGAUUAUGGAAAAUAUAAAAUGGAUAGCAAAGCUGCCUUACGAUUGUUGGAGUCUAUGUUAAAUAUACCAUCUACAGAAGAGGUGCUGAUAAUGAAAGUUUGUUGCUUAAUGAGUGCUUUAAUUAAUAAACAAAAAAUAUGUUUACCGGAAAAUGUGUUUGACGCAACGAUAAAAUGGUUGUUAAAAUGUUUAAACGUUAACGAAUCCGAAACAGUUAGUGAAAUUUUAAAAGCAUUUGCCGUUUUAUUCAAAAACCAUAAUGCGUUUACAUAUACUUACUUUCAGAUUUUUUUAUCACCAGACGGACCAUUAAUGGGAUUGUUGAAUUCGGUGGAUAUCCUAAAAUUCAACAAAUCAAAACAUGUUAAUAGAUUUGAUGAAGAAAUUUUAGCAAAUGUACUUGCUUGUGCUGACUCUUUAUUAGUAUUCAUUGCAGAUGAAAACAUUAAUAUAACUGAUAUUGAUAUAGAAAUCAUUACUCAUUUAGGAUGUAAAGUUAUUUCAAUAAUGUACAGCAACAAAAUAGAAAUCAAAGACUCAUCCCAGUGCAUGAGUUAUUUGUCAUCCGCAAUAAAUAUAUUACAAAAAAUUGCUCUCGAAGUUCCAGAAUGGUGUGAAGUAAACAUAGGAAGCCUGCUAGGAAUUUCAAAAGCAUUUCUACAAUAUGGAUUGAUAGAAACAAGCAAUAUUCGCUUGCAAAAAGUUCUACCUUCUCAACAAGCGGUUAUUGAACCACAAUCUAUCGCCCUUGGUUUCAAAGGCGGCAAAAUUUUAAAAACUCGUAAGCCAAGAAAUAUUGUUAAAAAUAAAAAGCAAGACACAAAAGCUAAAGAAAAAAAACCUAAAAAUUUAGAAGAGGUUUAUAAAAACGUUACAUCAGAAAAUACUGAAGAUUUUAUGUUAUUUAACAAAACAAGUGAUUCAGAUUUUUCUGAAUCAGAUACUGGUCGGAUUCAAAAUGAAAGGCACAGGCAAACUAAAAUUAGAUUGAACACAAUUUCUUUAAUAGGUGCAAUAGCUAAGAACGCAGACAAAAAAGUGAUAUUUAGCUAUUUUCAUUGUUUACUUCCAUUUGAAGAAGAAGUUUCAAAGGAAAUUCACCAAAUUUCUUAUAGCAUUUUUAAAUGUGCUGUGAGAGAUCCUAAUCCAAAGUGUAGACUAGCCGCAUUUCAAGUUUUUUGUUUGCUUUUGUAUGGUUCUAAACAAUUUUUAAUGCAAGCUGAAAAUAGUGAUAAAGGUCCGUCUUCAUUCACUCCAUUUUCUGUUGCAUUAGGUAACACGAUAAUUUCAAUGUAUGAAAUAUUAAUGCAUGGCAUACGCAGUGAAAAUUCUUUGCCGGUACUGACCCAAGUUUUAAAAUGUUUAGCUAUAUUAGUUCAGUCCACUCCAUUUUCAAGAUUGAAAAGCGGUUUUGUUAGUGAAUGUAUAAAUCACACAAGAAAUUUAGUUUAUCAUAAAGACCCGACAAUUCAAGUAGCAGCUUUAACGGUAAUGGAAUUUUUUAUUUCCACUUCGGAAAUGACUACUGAAAUUUCUGAAAGCAUUGGAAUGCCCACACCUCACAUUAAAAUAUUAAAAAAUGAAAAUAAAUUAAAUGAUAUGGUGGUAAAUGAAAUAAUUGAAACUGAAUACUAUGAUGAAGUUGAUCCACUUGAUAUUGAUGGUACAGAAAGUUGUCCAGAAUUGCAAACAAGUCAGAAUAGAGAUGAUUGCAAACUACCAUGGCUCUUAGAAAAGCUUAUAAGUAAUUUAGAUAUGGACUUUCCUGACAAAUUAAAAAGAUUAAAUACUAUUCCAGCAUCAAUACCUGUUCGCAUAGAAUGCUUACAAGUUUUAACCGCUUUGUGUUCACAUAUAUUAUUUCUCAAAGACCACUUGCAAUUGGUUUCUAAUGCUUUAUUAAUUUCACUAAAAGAUGAACAAAAUGAAGUUAGGUUGCAUUCUGCAAAAUGCUUGGAUGCUUUAGGGCAUUCAAUCAACACUUUCUUGUUAUCAAAUCCUUCCUUAAAUGAUGUAACACUUUGUCAAAACUUUUGGAUUUCGGUUUUGCCACCAGUUAUUGAAAAAAUUCAAGAUCCUAAACAAAAUUCUGCAUUAAAGGGAACGUUAUGUGAUUUUUUGUCAAACGUCGGCGUUUAUAUAUUUGAAAAAUUUACGCAUUCCCAACAAAUGAUGUUAAUAUCGCUUCUAACAGGUAUUAGUUUCAAUGAGGACAGCGCUGUGAGAGCUUCUGCAGCUCGUGCUUUAGCAGUGUAUGUUUUAUAUCCUUCAUUACGGGGUGAUGUGUGUUUUGUUGAAAAUACAGCUUCUUCAAUAGUGAAUCUCCUAAAAGAGAAAAACUCAUAUGUAAGAAUUAAAUCUUCUUGGUCAUUAGGGAAUAUAAGUGAUGCAUUGAUUCCCCUUUGUAAUGAUUCUAAACUGGAUAGGAUAUCUGAUGACUUAUUGCAAAAAAUGUUCCAAAUUUCCAUUGAUUUAAUUAAUUAUAACGAUAAGGUUAAAUGUAACAUUGUUCGUACAAUAGGAAAUCUUCUUCGGAUAAUUAGGCAGGAACAAAUAGAAGUUCCUUCAUGGCGUUCGUUGUGUUUUCAGUCUAUAGAAAAAUUAACUUUUUGCCUUACGAAAAGUGCUAAUGCCAAAGUUAAAUGGAAUACAUGUUACGCUUUAGGAAACUUUAUGAAAAACAAUAUUUUAUUUACCACGUAUACGGAUUUCAAUUGGCAAAAUAUGGUUUUUGAAUCAAUUUGUGAUGUUAUUGUAAAUAGUCCCAAUUUUAAAGUAAGAAUAAAUGGUGUAAAUGCUUUAACAGCAAUAAAUGAGCGAAAUCGUUAUGGUUCACAUUUCAUAUUGAUAUGGUCAUCUUUAUUGGCAGCAAUAGAACAAUCCGAUAACUUAACAGAUUUCAAUGAAUACAAACAUAGAGAUAACUUACAAGAGCAGUUAUGUUUUGCAUUAUCUCAUAUGAUAAAAUUAGCAAAAAAUGAUGAUUUUAAUCAACUUAAAAUUAACUUAAAUAACAUUGAAAUUGUUAAACAAAUUUGGAAAAGAGUUAUUAGCCGAAUAAUUCCGGAGAACGCUUCACCUUUAAUAAACUGUUCCAUAUAUUUAAAGAAUACUUUAAAAGAAAAUAAUACUAGUUUAAGUUUGGAACAAAAAAAUAAUUUAAAGAUUUUAAUUGAAUGUUUUAUUUCACCUGAUGAAGUUUUUUAAUUAAUAACAGAAUAGAGUGAUAAAUAUUAUAAAAAAAUGGAAUUCUUUAAAAGUAAAACUCAUUUUUUUUUUUUAAUAUUUGCACUUUUAGUAUUUUUAUAAUACAUAAAUAACU